AUUAUCAUUAUAUCCAAUAAAUUUUGUGCUUCCAUCAGUUUUUUAUUUGUGUUUAUCAAAUCUCCCUUCUCUUUCAUGGAGAAGACUCCAUCACAAGAGCCAGCAUUCCAGCACGGAUCUCUGAGCAUGGCUCCAACAAACAAGAACUACGAAGCACUUGAAAUCGAAUCCAUCAACAACAUUGAAGAAGAAGAAGAAACGGAAUUAGAAAUGGGCAACAAGAAAACACAAGAAGAAUUGCAUGCAACAACAGAUCAAAAAUCCAUAAGAAAUAAGAGGUACAUGUCCCUUCUGGUUCUGAAUUAUUUUCUCCUCUUUGUGGGUUCGGUCUCUUCAAGCAUGCUUUCAAAGUAUUAUUUCACCCACAAAGGUUCAAGCAAAUGGGUUUCAACUUGGGUUCAGUGUACGGGAUUUCCUCUCUUACUCAUCCCCAUUUUUCUCCCAUAUUCUCUCCUCAAAUCCACCAUCCGAAAACCCUUUACCGAUUUCAACAAAAAGAUUCUAACUUUAUCGAUCUUUGUUGGAAUCAUGCUGGGAAUCAAUAAUCUUCUUUUUUCAUGGGGGGUUUCGUAUCUUCCAGUUUCAACCUCGUCGCUUCUUCUUUCUUCUCAACUUGGUUUUAAUCUCAUUCUCUCUGUCAUCAUUGUAAAGCAAAAGAUAACCUUUUCGAAUCUCAACACCGUGAUUCUCAUCACGCUGAGCUCCAUCAUUCUCGCAUUGAAUUCAAGCAAAGAAAGACCCAAAGGUGUAACGGAAAAGCAGUAUUUCAUCGGAUUCUUUUUAGUGCAGAGUGCAGAANCGUUGACCGGAGGGAUUUGCAUGACGGCUCUGUUGUCCAUGAAUGUUUUGGGAGGCGUUGUGUUUUUGAGAGAGAAGUUUGGUGGGUUGAAAGCUGUGGCCACUGUUUUAUGUUUGUGGGGGUUUUGCUCUUAUGUUUAUGGCAUGUAUACUAAGAUGUUGGAAGCUAAGGCUAUUCCUCAGCAAAACAAUAACAACAACAACCACCAUUCUGCUGAAGAUUCAUCUUCCCUGGAGUUGGUUAGUAUGGUGAGAAAUCUUGGGGUUAGUCAUUGAAGUUUGAACCAUAUAGGAUUUGAUGAUUAGUCAUGAUAGGUAGCUAAGUACAUAAAGUUGUUUUCGCUUGAAUUCGAAAUCGUUGCAUGAUCUCAUAAUUUUUAAUUAUUAUCUUUAUAUCAUAGUAAUUUUAUGUGAGUAUUCACCUUAAUAAUAUGUACAUUAGUAUUGUAAAAA